GAAGAUGCACUGGUGGAAAGUGAUGGCAGCCCUUCUGCUCUGCUCACUGCUGCUCAGCCAGGUAAACUGAGACCAUACUGAAAUAAACUAUUUAAAGGGCUAAUUCAAAGGACAGGCAGUCCAUAACAGCUGUUAUGAUUUGGAUGGACAACUGGCAGGAUUAAAGAUGUGGCAGCAGGGCUUUUUACAGGAUUCAGCAUCAUAAAAAUGUAGCUACUGCCUAGUGAAUACUGGGCUACUCUGAGCCAUAGCUCAGCCAGUGAUUCUGCCUUCACUCCCAAGAAGAUGAAACCCAUCACUAAUUUGGGUAGAUAUUCCUUUGGGGUCGGGUUGCAAGCCCUUCUUCACCCAGAGGGUGCUGCAAUCUGCAAACCAGAGCGAUUCCGAGUUAAGCCUCACUUAGAAUGAAGACUGUUGAGCUCAGCAGCAGAACAGGCAGCGCUGCAGCUGCCACGUGUGCUGACGGUCACCCCGCUGUGUUUCAGAGCCACGGCGCGUCCCUGGCCCCGAGGCAGCCCCAGCCCCGCAGCGCCCGGCAGCGGCGGAUGACGCCCUUCUGGAGAGGAGUGUCCCUGAGACCCAUCGGGGCCUCGUGCAGGGACAACAGCGAGUGCCUCACCAUGCUCUGCAGGAAAAACCGCUGCCUCCUCUCCACGGCCUCAGCGUGAGCUGGCACCAAGCACAGCCUGCACUGUUACUGCUGACCAUGCUCCAUGCACUUGGGAUGUAUUUAUUGACUGCUCAGGAGCUGCAAGAGCCUCAAGCAAGCAGAGUAUUUGAUAUUUCUGUCACAUGUGCUGAUGAAAGGACUUUAAGAAGCUUGAGAGCAUCUCCUCCCCAGCCACGCCUCUGGAGGCCUCUGGCCAAGCUCAAUAAAAGGACUCUGCAUCU